AUGAGAAGCCUUCUGGUGUUGUGUGGGCUAGUGGCUCUUGUAGCCGCGAUCUCCGCUCGGGAGAUCCGGGAAAAGAGAGAAGCCGAUCUCGAAGUUGCUGCUUCGGGUCAUCACUGGGACAAGGGUGGUGGCCAUGAACAUCAUGGACAUCAUCAUCAUGAACAUGGUGAUCACGACCACAAAGGACAUAAGGGACAUCAUGAACACCACCACGGUAAGCAUGGCCACCAUCAUCAUAAAGGGCAUAAGGGACACCAUGGCGAGCACGGUGGCCACAAGAAGCACCACCACCACGAUGAAGGCUACCAUCAUCACCACGGGCAUGGAGAAAAAGGAGAACAUGGACAUGGCCACGAGGAGCACGGUCACUUCCACAAAGGCCACGACACUAAGGGUCACCAUGGUAUUGAAAAACACGAUGAAUUCAAAAAGGAUAAGCACUUCCAUGACCAUCACGGGGAAAAGGGUCACCAUUCCCACCACGGUGGUCACCAUCAUGAGGGAGGAUACAAAAAGGGAGGUCAUUUCCACAAAGGACAUAAACACGGUGGCCACCACGAGCACGAACACGGCAAGAAAGGUCAUCAUGAAAAGGGAGGACACCACCACCACCAUAAGGGACACCACGGCGAAGGUGGUCACCAUGAGCACUGGGAUCACCACCACGAUCACGGCAAGAAAGGAGGCCACGAGGACCAUAAGCACUGGGGACACAAGUCUGGUCACUGA